GGUUGUCUAUAUUAAGAAUUCUAAUCAGUGACUGUCAAACUUGACGCACGUGGACCGGCCCCUUUUGGCAUGUAGGAAAAAUGGCUACUGCAAGAAAUUUGAUUGGGAUUUUAAGUACGAGGUAUUUGAACGUGUUAAUUACGUCGCAGGUAUGCAAGACUCCAAGCAGAUUUCUUCACCAGUGCUUACAAUGUGAUAAAAUUGGAUUAAAUAAGGUUUCAAGCCACCAAAAUAACAAAGUUAAUAAUGUAGAAAAACGAAGUUUUCAUGUAAGUAACGUAGUCCUAGCUGUAAGAAAAGAUUAUUACGAUGUUCUGGGCGUCAGUAAAAACGCUUCCACGUCAGAUAUUAAGAAAGCCUACUACAAAUUAGCCAAAAAGUUUCAUCCCGAUGUUAAUAAAGAACAAGAGGCUCAGAAAAAGUUCCAGGAAGUGUCAGAAGCAUAUGAGAUUUUAGGGGACGAUAACAAACGUAAACAAUAUGACACAUGGGGUUCAACAGCAGAACAAAUGGGUGGAAUGGGGGGUGCAGGACCGGGGGCGGGCCCCCAAGGACCUCAAGGUUUCAGUCAAAGUUGGCAAUAUCAAUCCACCAUAGAUCCCGAGGAGUUGUUCAGGAAAAUAUUCGGGGAAGCAGGGUUUGGGCAAAAAUCGCCCUUUGACGAUUACGCCGACUCGAAUUAUGGCUUUGGGGAGGCCCAGGAGGUUGUCUUAAAAAUUAACUUUAGUCAAGCAGCUAGGGGCACCAACAAAGACAUUAACAUAAACGUAGUGGAUAACUGCCCCAAAUGUAACGGUGCCAGGUGCGAACCGGGCACCAAAGCCACAAGAUGUAACUACUGCAACGGCACGGGAAUGGAGAGCGUCACUCGUGGCCCUUUUAUCAUGAGAUCCACGUGUCGGUACUGUCAGGGUUCCCGACUGUACAUCAAGCAUAAGUGCACUGAGUGCGAGGGCAAGGGGCAGACGGUGCAGCGCAAAAAGGUUACGGUUCCGGUUCCGGCCGGUAUCGAGGACGGCCAGACGGUGCGCAUGGCUGUCGGUAACAAGGAGCUCUUCGUUACCUUCCGCGUCGACAAGUCCGACUAUUUUAAAAGAGAUGGCGCUGACGUGCACACGGAAGCGGAAAUGUCGAUUUCUCAGGCGCUGCUCGGAGGCACGAUCCGCAUACAGGGGCUGUACGAAGAUCACACCAUUCAGAUUAUGCCAGGGACGUCUUCCCACACGAAGAUCCGCCUGAGCGGCAAGGGAAUGAAAAAAAUCAACGGCUACGGCUACGGCGACCACUACGUAACCUUCAAAGUAAUCACCCCGAAGCACAUGGACGAAAAACAAAAAGCUCUGGCGCAAGCUUUCGCCGAACUGGAAAAAGACACGCCCGGCACGAUUUUGGGCAUCACGCUCGAAAACAAAGGAGGUAAUGACGAGGUACCACUAGCUGGUUCGGAAUCGAAAGCCCAAUCGAAACAUUCGGAGGAAAAUAAGGGGAUUUUGUCAAAAAUAAAAAAUGCCAUAUUUGGUUGAGAUAGACCGAAAGUAAAAAAAUUAAUGUUAGUGAGGGAGAUUUAUUAAAAGCUUUAAAGCAGGUUCUAAAAGAUAAACAAAAUGUAGUAAAUAAGGACAGUAAAGAAUCUACAAGUAAACCUAAGAAAAUCGAUGCUAAAACCACAGAAAACACUAAAAAAGAGAGUGAAACCAAAAAAGAAAGUGAAGAGUUGACUGAUUCUGUAAAGGAAAAAGUCAAAAGUAAAAUUUAAAUAUUCCAUAGACUCUUAAAUUCUACUGUAUAGAUUUUAUGUUUUUAGUUUUUUAUUAUAUUUGUUAUAUAAAGUGUAGAUAUGAAUUGUUUUAUUUUCGUUGUUAAUUCAAUAAAAUGACGCACCAAAAAA